AUGAGGGGGCCCCGUGGGGGCCCCCGCCUCUCUUCGAAGGCGGCGUCCCGCAGGCUGCGAAGCAGCUCCCAAGGCUCCCCUGCAGCGAAACAGCAACAGCACCAGUUACAGCAGAGGCAGCAACAGCAGCGGCAGCAAGCAGAUGCAGCAAGGCAUGCCGCUGCUUGUUCCUCCUCGCAGGUGUCUCUUGGAGAGGAGACGGAUAUUUCAAGAAACACCCUUAAAGGGCUCUUCAGUGGCCUGAGAGAGCUAGACGUGCUCUCUGCCUUCGCUGGGCCCCAGGGGUCCCUCACCAAGCCCGUACUGGGCGUACCCAUAGCAGAAGCGGUUUCCAAAAGCAGCAGCUGCAGCAGCAGCAAACUGCAGCAAAUCCUCAAGGCGGGGGACUACAGCCGCCUCAGGCCUUCGUUCUUGGGGUCAUUCUUGCUGCCUGUACAACCCACUGAGCAGCAACAGCAGCAAGCCAAUAGCGGAGGUGCUCCUGAGUACGUCGCCUCGCACUGCUUUCCUGCUGCUGCUGCUGAAGAAGACGAUGUGGCAGCAGCUGCUGCAGCCGAUACACCUCGGGGCACCCUGAGGGAGCGGCUGUUGCAGCAGCUGCUGCAGGGGCUGCUGCAGCAGCAGCAGCUACCGGAGAUUGCCGUAGCUGGGCGCAGCAACGUAGGCAAGUCUUCGCUUAUAAAUGCCUUCUUCAAACUGUGCAGCAGCAGCAGCAACAACACCAGCAACGGCAGCAAAUUGCCACACGCCCGUUCUUCUCGCACCCCUGGCCGCACCCAGGCCGUCGAUUUCUACCUCUUCAGCGUUGCUGCAGCAUCUACCCAGCGAAAUCAGCACCAACAGCAGCACCAACAGCAGCAGCAGCAGCUGCUGCUGCAGCGGGGGGCGCUUGUCCUUGCAGACCUCCCGGGUUACGGUCAUACCGAAGGCAUAUCCCCGGAGAGGGCGUGGCAGAUAUCUCGCACUUUGGAAGUGUAUGUACAGCGUAAACAGCAACAGCAGCAGCAGCUGCAGCAGGUGCUGCUGCUUAUUGACGGCAGGCGAGGCAUGGGGGCCCAUGAUGCUGCACUCAUGAGGCUGCUACUGCAGCAGAAAAUCCCCAUAGCAGUUGCCAUCACAAAAGAAGACAGACUGAGUGCUGCGCAGUUCGUGGAGCUGGUGGAGAAUCUGUCGGCUUACAAGCAUCUCGUGCUGCCUCCCUAUUUGAUGAAGCUGCGGAUGAAGCUACUUUUGGAACAGCAGAGGUGCAGCAGCAGCAAAAACAAGGGGAGAAGCGACGACUGCAACAAAAGCAGCAGCAGCAGCAGCGAAAACGAGGAGAGGGACGACGGGGGCGACGACGUCUACAGUAGCAGCAGAAGCAACUGGAGCAGCAAAAGUGCCUCAAGAGGAAGCCUUUUCAGCAGCUUUCGGAGUCCCUAUGCCUCAGAUACACCCGUAGAGCAGCAGGUUCAGCAGGAGGAGCGGUCCAAGCAGCAAGUUCCGGUCUUCCUCGUUUCUGCCCGGACAGGCUCCGGUAUAAAGCAGCUGUGGCAGCAUGUCUUGCGAACAGCAGCAAAAGGGCCCCCCAGGGCAAACCUAGCAACGGCGGGAGCAGCAGCAGCUGCAGCAACACCAGCUGCAGCAGCAACAGCAGCCGCAGAGCAACCCCCCCCCUCAUUAAAGCGACGCGCAGAGAUGUCGCGACGAAUGGCGUUGCUCUUGGCUGGGCCCGAGCACAUGCCAGACGACUGCUUCUAG